ACCUGCAACUUAUGCUUUCAAAUAAAGUAAGGGGUAUCAGCGCGGAGAUGUUUGGGGGGUUGGGGGGGUAGUGCGUCUUAUAAUCCGGAGAAAACGAUACAUCAUCGAGACCAAGCAAAGUCCGGUGCCGUCAACGAUUCCUCCCGCGGGGCACAAACCGGCCAGGCCACCAAAGGAAUGCACAUCCUGCCCCCGCGGGACCAAGCCAGCUCACAGCAUCACCCCACCGCCAACGUCAUCAUCAUCACACCAACCAACGCCAAAUCCACAGUCAGAGCCGUUCCUAUGAAUCGGGUCGACCGCACCGGGCCCCGCGCUUCGGGGGGCCCGGUGUGGAGGGAUUCCUGCGCUUCUACGUCACAGUGUCAGAGACGUAAACUUCCGUUUGAGUUUGACGGCGUGGGCGGGGAUCGACGCGGCGUGAUUGUUCCACGGGGCCACGCGCACACCCCACGACCACCACCAUCGUACGAACGGCCCCGCCCACACAGCCUCACCACGUUUGCGUCAUAGACGACGGCAGCCAACCCCAGGCGAGCGUCGCCGCCGUCAUCAUCGUCAGCGGAUCUUAAAGCGGCAGCAGCAGCAGCCGCAGCCGCUGGCCCUUUGAAGACGCCGACAGCGGAGACGGGGAGAGGGGCAAGCGAGAGACACGGGGAGAGACGUAACGCAGGGAGAGAGAGAGAGAUACGCACGGCUGGCUGUUGGGAGCACGAAGGGCCACCACCACCCCCCCGAGAGAGAGAUGAUUGCGGUGCAAGAGCGGGGCAGAUUGCGCGAGGCGUUCCACCAGGUGCUGGCGGGAGGAUCUGCCGGGCUGGUGGAAAUCUGUCUGAUGCACCCGCUGGAUGUGGUUAAGACGAGAUUUCAAAUUCAGCGUGGCAAAAAUGACCCGAACAGCUACAAAAGUCUGGCGGAUUGUUUCCGGACAAUGUAUCGCAAAGAAGGGCCACUGUCCUUCUACAAGGGGUUGCUGCCGCCCGUUUUAGCCGAGACACCAAAGCGAGCGGUCAAGUUCUUCACCUUUGAGCAAUAUAAGAAGCUGCUUAACCUCACUCCAGUCUCCGCGGGGAUGGUGUACACGCUCGCCGGGCUGGGCUCGGGUCUCACCGAGGCCAUCGUGAUCAACCCUUUCGAGGUGGUCAAGGUGAACCUGCAGGCUCAGAGAACGACGUUCACAGAGCAACCAUCGACGUGGGCGACCGCGAGAGAAAUCGUUCGGCGCGACGGGUUUGGGAUGCGGGGCCUCAACAAGGGCCUGACAGCGACCCUAGGCCGACACGGAGUCUUCAACAUGGUCUACUUUGGCUUCUACCACAACGUAAAGGACAUCGUCCCCUGCAGCCAGGACUCGAGGCUUGAGUUCCUGCGGAAGGUCCUCAUCGGCUUCCUGGCGGGGACUCUGGGCUCGGUCAUCAACAUCCCCUUCGACGUGGCCAAGAGCCGCAUCCAGGGCCCCCAGCCGGUGCCCGGGGAAAUCAAAUACCGCACCUGCCUGGGCACCAUCGCCACGGUGUACAGGGAGGAAGGGUACUUCGCGUUGUACAAGGGACUGCUGCCAAAGGUCAUGCGACUCGGGCCAGGGGGUGCGGUGAUGCUGCUGGUAUACGAGCACGCCUUCGCCUGGCUCCAGGUGAACUGGUGAAGGUCUCCAAGCCACCACCACCACCGCCCGGCACCGGCGACGCUCGGCGGGAGCGGGGGGAGAUAUCGAGCGUCUUCGCCGAACUCCGGCAUAAGCGCGCGCUCGCUCACUCACUCGCUCGCUCGCCGUGACCGGGGCGGCUCAACGGUGAAAUUAAUGAAAGGUUGAACCGGUAUUAUUUAAGCGCACUUUGUUCCACGAGUCCUUCAAAGCUAAAAAAGAAAACAAUGGUACAUACACACGCACACACGCACGUACGUCCGUGCGUUGAAAUGUCUUUCGCACCGUUAUGUAGGCGACCGUGCCAAACGGAGGUUCCGGGGUGGGGGGUGGUGGAAGGGACGAAGAAGAACAGGGGUGGAUAGAGGCUGCGCGUUGCCGCUGUCGGACGCGGUUGAGAUGUUACGACAGACAGCGAUUGAAGCGGGCGUUGGCGUCGGUGGCGGCGUGGAGCGAUCUGUCUCCUUCGUGUGUCCCCUCGCCCCCGCUCUUGGCAGUGCUGGGGCCGUGGCCCCUCUGUGCCCGACCCCCCGCGCCGAGCGGGCGUGCAGUUAAAUCUUCAUCAUUUACGCCGUGCAACUCGCGUCUCGAUAGAGGUGCCUCGGAGCGCUUUCACACGAGAUGGCAAGUUACAUACGUGCGGUGAACUCUUCCUUUCGCACGGCACGUGGCCGGCCGUGCUCAUCGGAGGUGCGGCAGAACGGACAACUGAACCCAACGCAACAAACAAAAAAAAACACAGUUCU